AUGAGGCCAAUUGUUGGGUAUGCCACGGCGCUGACUGUGUGCUUACUUCUAUACACCAUCGAAGGCUUCACAAGGACCGUCUUCUUGCAGGCGAAAACUGCUUCUUUGUAUGUACAGACUCGUGGACUAUCGCAAUUCAUACACAGCCAGCGACGAGCUCUACAGAGAGGCCACGGUCUCAAACCCUCGCAACUGAAUGCCGAGCGGCUGUCGAACGCUGUCGAGUCGUCGCGUCUCAAGAAAGAGUUGUUGGCUUUAGCAAAACGAACCUUGCGUGGUUUCCAGGCCAGCACGAAAGACCGUCGUCGCGCACGAAGCCUUAUAGAUCAACUGGCUGCUUUGAAUCCGACGCGCGACCCGGCCAAAUCGUACUACGCAACCCAAACUCAAGAAAGUAAUGCCAUUGAUAGCAAGGACGGCUCUUCAUCGAAGCUAGUAGGCGAGGCUAGUCUUUCCGGAAAAUGGACACUCGUGUACACGGACGCUCCCGACAUUACAGCGUUGGGCACUACAAAUCCAUGGGCGAAAUUGGGUCGAAUAGGACAAGAGUGCGAGCCGCCUUACAUUCGAAACGUGAUAGAGUGGAAGCGACCUGGUUGGGCCACAUCGUUGCCGUUCUCGGGUUCUGAAGAGUCUCGCGUGUUGCAGCGAGUCGUCACCAAGGCGACGGCAUCGCCAGAUCAACCCAUGGUAGUCAAUUUGGACAUUGUUGGUCUUCGGAUCAACGCUGAUGCACCCACUACACUGUCGAACUUUGCCGAAGCGAUCCAAUCCCAGGGGCUCAUCGCAGGAUUUUUCCAAGCGGCACCCGUUGAUCUGCAAGGUCCAUUGCAAGCGCCUUUUGGCAAGUUUGAAGUCCUCUAUUUAGAUGAAGAAUUACGCGCCGUCAAGACAGGGCAAGGCUAUGUAGCAGUCAAUCUAAGGACUGGAGACGAAUGGAUUUAG